ACCUGUAACGACAGGUGACAGGCGUGUUUGGUUUUUUUGACUGAAGGAACAAUGUUGAUGAUUGUUUAUGUGGAAUAGAUUUCGUAUUGAACAGUUAUUUUACAAAAUUGCUUGCAUUUUUGUGUGACUCAACUUUUCCUGCAUUGUAUUGUGACAGGAAUUUCUAACGGGAAAAUUAUUGUACAAAAGCGAUUGUAUUGUAUUGUGACGGCUUGUUCCUCAUUGCUUUGUUUUUUAAUAUUUUUGUGUGCAUUUUGGGCAAGAAGUACCUACGAACUAUGAGCUCUGUUGAGCCCACAAAUCAAGCAAAUGGCUUUAACCCGGGUGAUUCAGGCGACGCAUGGGGAAAACCAUUCUUCUCGGACGUUGAGCUGAAAGCUCGGGCCCCUGUGGGUCGAAACGCAGCAUUUUACAACAUGAAUCACAAAAACAGAGGAGUCGCUCUGAUCUUCAACCACGAAAAUUUCAAGAUGGGCACUUUGAGAUCACGCACAGGAACCACUGCCGACCGUGAAAAUCUUUCGUCGUGCCUCAAAGAACUCGGUUUCACAGUCACUAUAUAUAAUGAUCUUGCUCAGAAACAAAUCAUGACGAUCGUGAAUGAAGUGGCGGCGAGCGAUCACUCAGAUAACGACUGUUUCCUGAUGGCGGUGCUGUCUCACGGCGAGAUGGGGGUCGUGUACGCGAGGGACACCGCCUACAAGCCGAACGCACUCUGGCAGAAGUUCACCUCGGACAACGCUCCCACGCUCGCCGGCAAACCAAAAAUAUUUAUUUUCCAGGCGUGCCAAGGCGACAGGCUCGACCAAGGAAUCAAGCUAGUCACGACGCAGGUGGACAACGAAGUCUCCUACAAGAUCCCCUUGCACGCGGAUUUCCUCAUAGCUUACUCGACGGUGCCGGGUUAUUUAGGCUGCCAAGAGUUCAAGCCCCCGAAGAAGCAUCAUUGCUUCUACUCGUGGCGCAACACGACGCACGGCUCGUGGUUCAUCCAGACGCUGUGCGCGGAGCUGCGCGCCAACGGCCUGGUGUUCGACAUCCUGACGCUGCUGACGUUCGUGUGCCAGCGCGUGGCCCUGGACUUCGAGUCGAACAGCCCCGCCGAGCCGCGCAUGCACCGCCAGAAGCAGAUCCCGUGCGUCACCACCAUGCUCACCCGGCUGCUCAAGUUCACCGGCAAGGAGAGCAUGGUGUAACAACUGAAGCACGGGGUACUGCUGUUACAUUUCACGGAAGAUUAUAAAGUAUUGUAAAAGUAUUUUUUGCUCUCUGGUGUGUUGUAAAGUUGUAGUCACGUGUUCAUCAGCAAAAACUAAAAGCACACAUGCACAUACUUUCAAUCAAUUGUUGAUGUGCAUGUGUGCUGUAAAAAAGUUUGCUCACUGAGAUUUUAUUUCUCUAGCGUUAAGAUGUAUUGCUCACAAGAAUGAAGUCCGCCAUAUGCUUUUUGUAUGGCACUUUGUGGGUGCAAAAGAGAAUCGACAUAUGCAAUCAAAAUCAACUUUUAAUUACAACUAUUUCGUCCCUCGAGUGGGAAACAUGGCAAAAGUUUUCUUCACCCAUUCAUCCUGCCAAUGCGCCAUUUCUCCAAUUCGUUCAACUUUGUACAUAUUUGGUUGUGGCCCAGCGUAUCGUUUUUAAUCUGUGAAUGCAUUUUCAAUCACUGGAUAAAUUUUUAACUGUUUCCAUGAAGUGUGUAGGGACAGAUGAAAACAUUUGUUGUGAAAUUUCAUUGUGGAACCCCAAAACUCUUAGCACACUGAGAUUGUACAAUAAAAAAAAAAAAAAAAAAAAAAA